GGCUGAACAGGUAUUAAGGCAUUAAUAAUAUGUAAUCACUGAGUUGUGUUCAACUUUUUGAGUAAUAAUUAAUUAGCUUAUUAUGUUUCUCUUUUGAAAACACAGUUGAUGUACAGAGGACACUUUGGCAAGCAAGGGGCUUAAGCUUUUUAUGCAAGAGUAAUAUAACUUAAGCCAGACGCUGGACAUUCAUGGACCUCCCUCCUGUCUAGGUAGAAGUGACAAAUGUUGGAACAGUUAUAUAGUGACCAGCAGAAAGGUUACUCAAGCUAAACACUUGACACUAUACUGGCCCCCUCCUGUGGAAGUGAAAGUGGUUGUGAUAGUUAUUUAGUGAGUAGCAGAAACGGAAUUCAAGCCAAACACUGGACCUGUACUGACCUCCCUCCUGUUAUGUUGGAAGUGAAAGUGGUUGUCUAAUGAGCAGCAAAAAUAAAAUUCAAGCCAUACACUGGACCUGAACUGACCUCCCUCCUGUUUAAGUGGAAGUGACUGUGCCUCGGAUAGUUGUCAAGUCAAGAAUCACCAGCCAAGUUGUGUCAGCCAGUGCAGUAAAGUGACCCAGAUUUCGGAGCUGACCAACUCGCAGCCCACUAGCCUGGAGGGGAUGUCAGUGGAGCUGGAAACUGUCCUGGGGGAAAUUAAAACCCUGCAGAUCAGUCAGAAGGCCAGCAUUCAGUCAUUGCAGAAAACAUACAAGGAACAUAGUGCAGUUAUGAUAGAGCAAAUGCGUGGCAAUUUAAAUACUUAUAUAGAUGAAUGUGAUAAUAGUUCUGUGGGUACAUCAGGCGGAAAUGAGCAAUAUUUAAAAGAAGAGAUGUGUAGGAGUGUUCUCUCUAUCGUGAAUGAAUUUGAUAAUAUUACUGCGAAGGAACUUAGCGAGAUGAAAGAUGAAGUUAUAAGCAUUAAAGGGUCAGUUACAAGUUCUAUUCAUAAAUGCACCAGUGUUCACAGUGACUUGUCACAAUUCCAUGAAAUUGUUCAGAAAAUUGGAGAUCAUAAGCAGCUCUGCCUUAUAGCCAGCAUAAAAUGGAAGCAUAUAAUACAGCAGGCACUGACUCCUGGGAAAGUCAGGCAAGGCGUUUAAUGUCCAGAGUAAUGCUAAGCACAAUGUGAGAAUACCAAGUGAGUCAUAUGAAUGUAGUAUCACAGGCAUAUGUGUUCUUACUGAUGGGCAGGUGCUGGUCGCAGACAUGUUCAAUAAGAGGUGCAAGCUGCUGAACCAGCAGUACCAAGUGGUGAGUCACUGUGAUGUGACUGAAUAUGUAAGGGACAUGUGUCAGAUCACACCCAGUGAGGUUGCGGUGGCUCUGGAUGAUAAUGCUAGCAACACACAUAAUGUCCAGUUUAUUACAGUCACCCAGAGCCAGCUCACUCUUGGUAGGAAGCUUGAGUUACAACAUAGAUGUAUAGGUAUUGACCACCACGAGGGUGAACUGUUUAUCUGCUCUAGUACUGCUCUGUUCAAGUACACACUGAGUGGCAAACAGGUCUGCAGACUCUAUGAAGAUGAAUCUGCUUAUGACACAGUAUACAAUUGUGCUGUGAGUCCCACAGGAGACAGGCUGUACAUUAUCAGCCUCAGGCAGGACAAGCUUCUCACCCUGGCCAGGGAUGGCACACUCCUGGCUACAUACACAGACCGAGCACUAGUGUACCCAUAUGGUCUACAUGUGACCCCUGCAGGCCAGGUGCUGGUCUGUGGAUACCUGCCCCCCACUGUACUACAGGUGGGCUGGGAGGGGCAGAGUAAGCUGGCGACUCUGGCUACACGGGAAGAUGGAGUGUGGAGCCCAUGGUCAGUCUGCUACAGCAGCAUAACAUCAUCCAUCAUUGUGGGACAGAAAUGGGACGACAUCCUGGUGUUCAGAGUGGAAUAGUGUGUACAUUGCUGCAGGACAACGAUGCUGAGGAUGUGGUGGACAAGAAUGACCUGAAUACGCAGAAGGACAGCACCACCAUUGAUAUUGAGUUGGCCCAGCAACAGCACCAGUCCGGACUGCAGGAGCCCCAGUCCAGGACGACCCAUCCACUCCCCUGACCCAUAGCUCAUCAUACUUGAUAUCCGGAAAAUGGGGCCUAAUGCAUGUGCUUAAAUUGUUGUCACAGAUUAGCCUGUGCAGUUUGCACAGGCUCAUAAUGGACAACACUUUCCUCUUAAAGCAGAGCACCAGCAUUGAUAUCGAGUUGGUCCAGCAACCGCACCAGUCCCGCCUGCAGAAGCCCCAGUCCAGAACGACCCUUCCCCUCCCUUGACUUCUAACUCCUCCCCUUGACCGCCUGCCUCAAAAAGUCAGCAUCGUUGAACAACUCUGUUCUGCAGGAAAUUCUGAGCAUGAUUCUGUUCUGAACAAACGCAAUGCCCACGUCACGUUUUCCAAACAUAAGCCUGGGUAGUUUUGUUAAGCUAGAGUUCCGCGUGGGCCUGAAAGGGACAAGUGUUACAGACACAAACAGUUAUAGCAGUAGUUAUGGUAACGCUAACAGUCAGUUGUUGCUGUUGGACAUCACAACAAAUAUCAUGAAGAAUAAAAAUUUCAAUAAGUUGUUCCAAUUUUUAUGGGACAAUUGUAACAGAAAUUGAACGGAAGAAAAUCAAGGAACAAUAAAAGCGUAAGCUUUCCUAGUGGAAUACAUCUGCUGUUGAUAGUUUGAACAACAGUAGGGUUACGGACUGCCCCAGAUUGUCCUCUCAGCAAUAAUGACUUGGUUGUGAAUAACCAGAGCACGAUACAUCCAUGCUGACAAAGGCGGUAAUGACUUGGUUGUGAACACCCAGAGCGGGAUACAUCCAUGCUGACACAGUUAGGCAGUAAUGACUUGGUUGUGAACACCCAGAGCACAAUACAUCCGUGCUGACACAGAAAGGCAGUAAUGACUUGGUUGUGAACACCCAGAGCAUGAUACAUCCAUGCUGACACAGAAAGGCAGUGUGACUUGGCUGUGAACACAGAACACAAUACACCCAUGCUGACACAGAAAGGCAGUAAUGAGUUGGUUGUGAACACCCAGAGCAAGAUAUUUCCAUGCUGACACAGAAAGGCAGUAAUGACUAUGCUGUGAACACCUUGAGCAAGACAUAUCCUUGCUAACACAGAAAGGCAGUAAUGACUAUGCUGU